AUGUCUAUUGUCUUUCCUGCAAAUGCCCUGUCCCAGCUGGGGCCGCCCCAGACUGUCGCCGACAUUGCUGCGCUGACUGCAGUCGGCGUGGCCUCGGCGGCCUAUCUCCUCCGUGGCAUCGCAUGGGACAGGCCAGACCCGUAUGAUUAUAUCUGGUACGAACGCAUGGGGUCCAAGGAUGGUGCAGCAUCAAGACCCAAGGCAACUCGUGAUAUUGCCAAGAAGAUGGAAGAGAGUGGCAAGGAUGUCGUCAUUUUCUGGGGUUCACAAUCUGGCACGGCAGAAAUGUUUGCCAACAGACUCUCCAAGGAGUGCCACCUCCGCUUCGGCCUCCAGACCCUCUGCGCCGACCUCUGCGACUACGACCCAGAUUCCAUCGCCAACCUCCCCCAGAGCAAGCUCGCCAUCUUCAUCAUCUCUACCUACGGCGAGGGAGACCCUAGCGACAACACCGCCGCCCUCUGGGACUGGCUCAACAAGCGACCUUUUGACAUCAAGCUGCCCAACCUCCGUUACAUGGCAUUUGGUCUCGGAAACAGCAGCUACCGCUACUACAACCGCGUCAUUGAUGUGGUGGCUGAGGCCCUCGAUAAGGCUGGGGCUCAGCGUCUAAUGCCUGUUGGCAAGGCCAACGAUGCCCAAGGCGGCACCGAAGAAGAUUUCCUCUCGUGGAAGGAUGAUCUCUACACGCACUUCCAGGAGAAGCUCGGCUACGAGGAGCGAGACAUCCCCUACGAGCCCAGCAUCAAGAUCGUCGAGGAUGAGUCCCUCGACGUCAUGGACCUCAACCUCGGCGAGCCCGUCCAGAACCGCAGCGGCCCUGCCAAGAUCGUGAAGCAGUACUCGCCCAUACGGCCCCUGACCGUGCAGGAGUCGCGAGAGCUCUACACAUCCCCUGGCAGGAACUGCAUCCACAUGGAGCUCGAUCUUAGCGACCAGGCUGAGCUCCGCUACCGAACUGGCGACCACCUCGCUGUGUACCCCAUCAACCCUGAUCAUGAGGUGCAGCUCCUCCUCAAGGCGCUUGGACUUGAGCAGCGAGCCGAGACGCCUCUUCUUAUCCGAGCCCUGGAGGAGGGCGAGUCCAUCAAGAUUCCCAGCCCUACCUCGUUGCUGGCUCUCUUCCGUCACUAUCUUGAAGUGUCUGCCCCUGUCUCUCGUGAGACUGUCGGUGCCCUGGCUCGCUUUUCUCCUUCGCCAGAGGUUGCCAACGUUCUGACAACCCUUGGAAAGGACAAGCAAGCCUAUGCUGAGUUCAUUGGCAAGAACCACAUCACUCUAGGUCGUCUCCUGGCACUGGCUGCACCUGGUGCUGUCUGGACCAACCUCCCCCUAACCUACGUCGUUGAGACUCUCCCGACUAUCCAACCUCGAUACUACUCCAUCUCCUCAUCCAGCACCGUCUCCGCCCGCAAGGUCGCCAUCACCGUCGGCGUCGAUAACUCUCCCCUCCAAACCGACCCAACCAAGGCCAUCCGCGGCGUCACCACAAACUACCUCUACGCACUCGGAAACUCCCUCAACGGUGAUGCUGCCCAGCCAGAGGUUGGCCCUGAUGCCCCCACCUACGCUCUCUCAGGCCCUGGCGAUGCUCUCAAGGGUCACAAGGUCUUUGCUUGCAUUCGUCGCUCAAAUUUCAAGCUCCCAACCCUCGGGACAACUCCCCUCGUUAUGAUCGGCGCCGGCACUGGUAUGGCUCCCUUCCGUGGUUUCAUCCUCGAGCGAGCUCGUCUCAAGGCCGUUGGAAAGCCCAUUGGUCGCAUGAUCCUCUUCUUCGGCUGCCGCUCCCCUGACCAAGACUACCUCUACCGCGAGGAGCUCGCUUCAGUAGCCAAGGAGCUGGACGGCCUCCUGGAAAUCGUCCCCGCCUUCUCGCGGUCUAACAGCCACCCCAAGGCGUACGUGCAGGACAAGGUCGGCGAGAUGAAGAAGGAUGUGUGCGAGCUGCUCCAGGGCGGCGCCAACAUGUACAUCUGCGGCAGGGCGUCGAUGGCUCGCGAGGUGGGCAAUGUGGUUGAGGAGUCGAUGAGGCAGCAGAACAGCUGGACUGACGCCGAGGCCCGGAGCUGGGCUGAAUCGGCCAAGAAGGGUAGCAAGUGGCUCGAGGAUGUCUGGGGCUAA